UGAAGUAACCAUUUUGUUUAAUUCCCUUCCCUUAAAAGAGCGCAGUUUGUGGUUCCACUCGUGUAGGCAUGAGUUUCCAGAAGAAGCCCAUAAUUAUAGAUGCACAAGGCCAUCUUCUUGGUCGUUUGGCCUCUGUGGUUGCCAAAACAUUGCUCAAUGGUCAGAAAGUAGUUGUAGUACGGUGCGAAAGCAUUAAUAUAUCAGGAUCUUUUUACCGGAAUAAAUUGAAAUAUCUUGACUUCCUUAGGAAGCGGAUGAAUACCAACCCAUCAAGAGGUCCUUAUCACUUCAGAGCACCAGCAAAAAUAUUCUGGCGUACUGUACGUGGUAUGCUUCCUCACAAGUUGCAUCGUGGAAAACAAGCUCUUGACAAACUCAAAGUGUUCGAAGGUAUUCCUCCUCCAUACGACAAAAAAAAGCGUAUGGUUGUUCCUUCAGCUUUGCGAGCAAUCAGAUUAAAGCCAGGACGAAAGACAAAAAGAGGAAAUAAUAAAUCACGAAAUUUGUGGGAUAAUAAACUCCACUUGCUCCCAUUCAUAACUUCCUUUAAAGUACAUAAAACUAAUUUCUGACUAGAUAAUUAAAAAAUUACACGGUACUGAAACAUCUAUUAUUUUGAGAAUAUAGUCUCCGUCAGUACACAUGAUGGAAUUUUCGGGAUUUUUUGGUUAAGGUUCACAAACUUUCAAAAUUCUUUUAUUCAAUUCCACAUUUCAACAACCAAAGACAUUUCAAUGAUCAAAAUAAUUUAACUGAAUCAAUUUGUGCUUGUAAAUUAGAAUUUUUUAAAAAUUAUAAUUCAAUAGUGCUAGUUUUGAUCAUUUAUAAAAUGUUUAUUCAUGUGACACAUGCUGAAUAUAUAAAAUCUAUGUAUACUGCACUGAUUCAUAUUUAAAAUUUUAUUAAAACGAAAACAGUGACGAAAACCUACUAUCAUAUUUAUAUGAAAUCAAUUUUACAAUUUUUGAUCCAUUCUAUAAGAUCUAUUUGUUUUAUAAAUUAAUUAUCUAUGAUGAUGAUCCUUAACAAAUUUAUGAAUUUUGUCUAAACAUCUUGAAUUAUAUCUCUCCUACUUCUCAGAUGUAUCGUAUAUUUACUAUUGUUUUAUCCUAAUAAACCUUUACAAUGCAUAACAACAUACUAUUCAUAAAUUAAAGGAAAUGAUUAGUUAAGUGAAUUUUAAAAUGAAUAAAUAAACGCAUUGUUUUGAUGGAUGACGUACAAAAUCUGAUACUGAUACACGACGUACUACAUGCUAAUCCCUCAUCUGAUUACGUAAGCGAGAACAUAAGAGUGGAUGAGAAAGUAUGUUGGGCACCUCAUUUUGCUACUUCUCAUUUGUUCACCUUAUCUCUUAAAUUUACAGAGUUAAUAUGGAAACAAAGUUGUUAUGAAUUAAAUCGUUUCUAAUUUCAAUUGCAACUUGGAUAAAAAAGUGUUUUCGAAUGAUUGAACUCUGCAAAAUAUUUGGUCAUUUAUCACAGCUUAAAAAGAAUAUGGACAUUAAACAACACAAUGAAAUUUAAUAUGACUUGAUCUUUUUUCAUUUGAAGAAAUCAUUGCAUAUAUACUAUAAGAAAUAUUCAAUAUGAGAAAGUUAACGUGAUAACAAGAGAUACUGAAAUUAAAAAUUGCAAAAGACAAAACUAGAGAACAAUAUGUAUUACUUUGUUGCAGUUUGACAUUGGAUGACUGAAAAAAAACACCUUCCAUUUGUUUAUUAGAUAUAUCAAAAUAGAAAUAUGUAGUAACUAAGUGUCGGCAGAAAAGUUUGCCUUUUGUAAAUAGUAAGUCAACAACCUAAUUUUCUUAUCGGUCUGUACAAUCAUUUUCAUAGUUUCCUGUAAAUAUAGGUAAUAUACAUGAGAUCAAAUUACUUGCCUUAGGCUUGAGCAAAUAGUAUCUUAUUUUGUCGACUAGUUCUAAUUAUGGUAUUUUAAUAUCUUUUAAACUGAGUAGGUCGGUCUCACAGUUUUGUUUAUCUUCUCGAUCACCUUUUCCGACAAAAACAUCACCUAGAAAUGUGUUAUUAUAAUUUCUACAUAAGUAGUUAGCAGUACUUUCUUUUAAAAUAAGAUAUUUGUGCGAAAUUUCAACUGUCUGCUUUUCCAAAUC